AUGUUCAAGGACGAAGGGCUAUUCACGCUCUUUGAGACUUCCACGAGAAAGGAAGUAUACACCUCCACUUUAUCGAGCACGACUUCUUCUGUGAUGUUCAAGUUCUUUCUAUUUUAUGAGCCCGAACGAAAGUCUCUUCGCAAAGAUGCCUCUCGGAAAAAUACCGAAGUUGACCUAACGGGUGUAAAACAAAAUUCAAACGUUUCCUUUAAAGGUUCAAAAGACGAGUUGGGAGGAAAUAAAUCUCAAUUGGACGGCAGCCAAACGAAUCGUUCGUCUUCGUGGCCACGGGACGAAAUUCGUAGUUCCGUCGAUCGACUUCACUUUGGUAAACAAGGGGUUGCUUCCGUGACAAAUUCCGAGGAUAAAAUCGAAUCUUUCCAGAAGAAAUAUUUGGCAAGGAAUAAAAAUACCGAGUUUCGGCGAUCGGAAUCGACCGGUGCCGCAAAUGACACCGUCAGGCUGACACUUCCGCGUGAUAUCGAUGUCUCGCGAAAUACUUUAUUAGAUAGAAUCGGUGCCAUGAGAGAAAACAGGCCCGAGUAUUCGAAGUCGAAGAGGACCAGGCAGGCGGGGAUAUCAGAUCGGUGCGAAACGAGAAUGAAAUUGCUUAACCGUUCCAUGAGAGAAGGUCCUCCGGGAGAUUGGAUCGGGGAACAUCGGGCAGCCACGCGGCGAUUGUCGAUCGAUAAGAAACUGCGGGAAUCGCGCAAAGUACCGGGCGGAACUGCAACGCCGGGAAAAAUCGUAUUUCGGCGCGUCCGCGGUAAGAUUAACUGCCCUCCUGACCCAAAUCUCGUUAGCGGUAGAAGUGAUUCGUUUAAGAUCGAAGGGAACGUCGUCGGAAAUGGCCCUCUGGCAAAACUUUCGACCAAUGAUGCUUUAUCCACUGUCGACGGAGGAUUAAGUUCGUUAAAAAGAGAAGAUACCUCUAGUCGAUAUUCGUCAACUUCUUCAUUAAUGAACGAUAAUAUUGGCAUUUCUAGAAUUGACAAAGAAAUCGUGCAUGAACAUAUAAGCGUUCCAAACAAGAAACGAGAUGUCAGCGAGCGUCACGAUUUCCGGAAAGGUAAUCACGUACUUAGGAACCGCCAGAAAGCUUCAAGUCCGACAAGGAGGAAGACAAAGCAGCGGAAGAUAAAGAAGAAGAGGAAGAAAGGCAGUCAGCGGACGAAAGUUAUUUUGGAGACUGAAAACCAGCGGCGUUUCAGAAGACACUUAUUAAUGAUGUCUCUUGAGCCGAAGUAUGACGUCGAUGAUGCCACGGCAAGAUUUUCGAGACGUUACGUCGCCACGGAGAAAAGAAACGCUGAGAACUUUCGGAAGUUCGCGAGAAGCAACGUGAGACGGCGGCGCGGACGCGACGGAAGUCGGACGGAAGUCGAUGGAUCGGAAGUCGAUCCCAGCACGGCGCAAAUCCGCGGUGGUCAAGACUGCACGGAUCGUCGACACCCACCGAAUAUCGAUGCGGCCAAAUAUCUCGAAUCCGCGCAUUGUUUGCGCUUUAGUGAUUUAUGGUAUUCCGUGUAUCAGUUGGAGGAUCCCAUUGUCGAUCACGCGGUGUAUCUUCAGGUUUACGAAAAGCGCGUUUUAGCGAACGGGUCGACUUACUGGAAAGAUCUCACCGGGGAUUCCGUAGUCAGGUCGUUUAUGCCAUCAGAUUGGGCACGUUCAACAGGCACCAUAGAGGCAACCAAGAUACGAUCGCUUUCGCCUACAAGGAAGUGA